CAUCUUGCAUUUAUUUCCCACGAUAGAGUCGUUGAUGGUGCAUCGAGGUGAAAUUUUUACAUCCUGAGAAAACAAAACAUUCGGCAAAGCUUUCCCCGUGGGUCCCUUGGACAACCUUAUUUUAUAUUUCAAGGCCAACAAAGAGUCAUUGAUAAUGUCGCACGGUGGUAGAAAUGAGUGUAGAAUAUACGUUGGUAAUUUGCCACCAGAUAUAAGGACCAAGGAUAUACAGGACUUGUUCUAUAAAUUUGGUAAAGUAACAUUCGUGGACUUGAAGAAUCGCAGGGGACCACCAUUCGCAUUCGUGGAAUUCGACGAUCCAAGGGACGCUGAGGAUGCUGUACACGCCCGGGAUGGCUAUGAUUACGAUGGGUACAGGCUGAGAGUUGAGUUCCCCAGGGGUGGGGGGCCCAGUAAUAAUUUCAGGGGUGGACGGGGAGCUGGGGACAGUGGGCGUGGAGGUCGUGGCGAUGUGGGAAACUCGAGGGGAAGAGGACCACCUGCUCGGAGGUCACAGUACAGGGUUCUUGUCACUGGGCUGCCUCCGUCUGGUAGCUGGCAGGAUCUCAAGGAUCAUAUGAGAGAGGCUGGUGAUGUCUGCUUUGCCGAUGUCUACAAGGAUGGAACAGGAGUGGUGGAGUUCCUGCGGUAUGAGGAUAUGAAGUAUGCGGUGAAGAAACUCGAUGACUCGAGAUUCAGAUCACAUGAGGGAGAAGUGGCCUAUAUAAGAGUCAAAGAAGACCACACAACGGGUGAGCGAGGACGCAGUGAAGAUCGUGAGAGAGGUGGUGGACGCAGUCGUUCACGUAGCUACAGUCCACGUCGUCGUGGCUCGCCAACCUAUUCCCCACUGCGACGUAACUACUCGCGCUCACGAUCACGCUCGAGGUCUCGUUCUUACGACUAAGUGU